AUGCCGCCCAUCCUCCAGCGCCUGCAGCAGGCCGCCAAGCUGAUGAGUCGCAGGAAGAUCCUGCUGCUGGUGCUGGGGUGCAGCUCCGUGAGCCUCCUCAUCCACCAGGGGGCGCAGCUCAGCUGGUACCCCAAGCUGUUUCCCCGGAGCUGCCCGCCCCUGCGCGAGUCGCCGCCGCGCCCCAAGCACCUGACCGUGGCCUUCCUGAAGACGCACAAGACGGCGGGCACCACCGUGCAGAACAUCCUGUUCCGCUUCGCCGAGCGCCACAACCUGACGGUGGCCCUGCCGCACCCGAGCUGCGAGCACCAGUUCUGCUACCCGCGCAACUUCUCGGCGCACUUCGUGCACCCGGCCACGCGGCCGCCGCACGUGCUGGCCAGCCACCUGCGCUUCGACCGCGCCGAGCUCGCGCGCCUCAUGCCGCCGGGCACGGUCUACGUCACCAUCCUGCGGGAGCCGGCCGCUAUGUUCGAGUCGCUCUUCAGCUACUACAACCAGUACUGCCCGGCCUUCCGGCGCGUGCCCAACGCGUCCCUCGAGGCCUUCCUGCGCGCGCCCGAGGCCUACUACCGCGCGGGCGAGCACUUCGCCAUGUUCGCGCACAACACGCUGGCCUACGACCUGGGCGGCGACAACGAGCGCAGCCCGCGCGACGACGCCGCCUACCUGGCGGGCCUCAUCCGCCAGGUGGAGGAGGUCUUCUCGCUCGUCAUGAUCGCCGAGUACUUCGACGAGUCGCUCGUGCUGCUGCGGCGCCUGCUGGCCUGGGACCUGGACGACGUGCUGUACGCCAAGCUCAACGCGCGCGCCGCCAGCUCGCGCCUGGCCGCCAUCCCCGCCGCGCUGGCGCGCGCCGCGCGCGCCUGGAACGCGCUGGACGCCGGCCUCUACGACCACUUCAACGCCAGCUUCUGGCGCCGCGUGGCGCGCGCCGGCCGCGCGUGCGUGGAGCGCGAGGCGCGCGAGCUGCGCGAGGCCCGCCAGCGCCUGCUGCGCCGCUGCUUCGGCGCCGAGCCCGUGCUGCGGCCGGCCGCGCAGAUCCGCACCAAGCAGCUGCAGCCCUGGCAGCCCAGCCGCAAGGUGGACAUCAUGGGCUACGACCUGCCCGGCGGCGGCGCGGGCCCGGCCUCCGAGGCCUGCCUCAAGCUGGCCAUGCCCGAAGUGCAGUACUCCAACUACCUGCUGCGCAAGCAGAAGCGCCGCGGAGGCGCGCGCGCCCGGCCCGAGCCCGGCCCGGACCACCCGCCGCCUCGGCCCCUCCGGGCGCUGCCCCGCGGGCCCCAGGGCCCCUGA